UCGUCUCCCAAAUAUCCCGACGAACCCCGAGAAAUGACAUCGACCAGCUCAUCGUAGAGCCUCGCACCUAUUUGAACACCAAACCACACAUCAUGGAUGUGGUGGCACCUCCACAGACGCCCAGCCCGGGCCCGAACGGCGCCGCAAGCCCCCCUUUCGCGGCCCUCGACCCGACCCGCGUCGUCGACCAUCUCGCUGCCCUCCUCGAAGCCGCUCUCGGCGCAACUCGAGACGAGCUCGAGGCUCCAGGGAGCUUGCUCUCCAAAACCUCAUACCCCGACACAGUUCAACGGUGUAGCCGCUUUACUGCCGACUCCCAAGCCCUGUACAUACAGAAGUCUCUAGCUCCAACAACCCAGCUUGAGAAUGGUACUGCCGAGCAUCAACCGCCCUUUCACACCUUCACCAUAACCUCCGACUUGUCUUCAAUAUCGACAACCGUUGCAUUCCUGGUGCUCUUGAAGCGGCCGCAACCCCUUGACCCUAAUGUCCCUAUAAGCUCCCAGAUUCAGAUGCUUAACCUGCCCGGGCCAGCAUACCUCUCUGCGACAUCCAGCGAACAGGGGCCAACAGCGUCGCCUUAUGAGAUCCUACAACUUUAUCUUCACAAUGGCCUCGCGCCGUACUUCGAUGCUAGCACCAAGAGCCAGCAGAUGGUUAACGGUGCCCGGGGUCGCCCUGAUGUUGACGCGAAGACGGGCAUUCCCGUCACGAAGAAGCGUUGGACGGAACUGGAGCUUAGCCUGGCUCACCUACAGCAGAACGUUGAGAUCCCCGAAGUCUCCCUCCCAUUUCACCCCAUCGUCCAGAAUGCCCUCGAAGAAGCUGCGUCCCGGGGCGCGAGGUCGACCAUCGACAUGAUACCGGCGACCCUUCUUCAGGACAGCAGCUUUCUCAACAAUCUACAGGCAACAGUCAACAACUGGAUCAAGUCCAUCCAGGUCAUAACGAAGAUGACGAGAGAUCCUGCAACGGGCACUGCGAACCAAGAGAUCAAUUUCUGGUUAUCCAUGGAGUCGGCCCUGGAAGGCAUCGAGGCACAGCUGAGGAGUGAAGGCGUGAUGCUGACCCUGGAGAUCCUCAAGCACGCCAAGCGAUUCCAGGCCACGGUCAGUUUUACAGCGGACACGGGGCUGAAAGAGGCGAUGGAAAAAGUGCAGAAAUACAACCAGCUCAUGCGAGACUUUCCCCUCGAUGAGCUGCUGUCAGCCACGUCGAUGCCCAAGGUGCAGGAUACCAUCGGCCAGAUCUUCAGCCACCUGAACAAGAAGCUGCGGAUAUGUCCGUAUCCGGUCCGGAGGGCGUUGCCUCUAGUGGAGGCCAUCUCUGCCGACCUGGACGAAGUCCUGCACCGACUGCUGCCCGGGACGGAGCUCGUGGAACUCGACUAUCAGGAGUUCAAGAGUGUGAUGAAACAGGCCAGCGACAUCUUCAAGACCUGGGACGAGAACGUGAAGGAGUUCACAAACGUUGCUCGUGAGGUAACACGCCGCAGGAACGAGAGGUUUAUCCCCAUCAAGAUCAACUCCAAGCAUGGCGAGUUGCAGGCGCGUCUGAAGUACGUUGGCAACUUCCGGGACAACCAUGAGCAACUCCAGCGGACCAUCGUCAAUGUGCUCGGACCCAAGGCCACAGUUAGCGGUAUCGCCGAUGGCACUGCUAGUAGCGGUGCUGUCGUGGUGGAAGAGAUGGGCGACGUCGAUGCUGUUGAGGAGGUAAGGCAGGCGUGGGAGGCUCUCAAGAAUGUAGACCUCCUCGACGUCUCUACCGAAGGCACACAGCGGUGGGUGAAGGUCGAGAACAUCUACAACGAGAGGACCUCGCGCGUCGAAAACUCCAUCAUCGCACGGCUAAGAGAUCGGUUGGCGACGGCAAAGAACGCCAACGAGAUGUUCCGUGUCUUCUCCAAAUUCAACGCCCUCUUUGUCCGACCCAAGAUCCGGGGUGCCAUUGCAGAGUAUCAGACGCAGCUCAUCGAGAACGUGAAGACUGCCAUCACCGGACUCCAUGAGCGCUUCAAGCAACAGUACGGCCACUCGGAAGCCCAUGCCAUGGCUCAGCUCCAUGACUUGCCCCCCGUCGCCGGUGGCAUCGUCUGGGCUCGCCAGAUUGAGCGCCAGCUGGACGGUUACAUGAAGAAAGUGGAGGACGUCCUGGGUGCAGAUUGGGCCCUCCACGCCGAAGGCCAGAAACUCCAGAGCGAGAGCAGCCUCUUCCGUAAGAAGCUAGAUACCCGACCCAUCUUCGAGGCCUGGCUUCACGACGUCCAGCGGAAGAAGAUCUCCAUAUCCGGGCUUCUCUUCAGCAUCCACAAGGUCCGCUCAGCCGGCAAUGCCCUCGAGCUUGUCGUCAACUUUGAUCCGCAAGUCAUCGCUCUCUUCAAGGAGACGCGGAAUCUUCUCUGGCUCAACUACGCUGUGCCGCAUUCGGUCAACAACGUGUCGAAGGAGGCCAAGAGGGUCUACCCCUUUGCCGUCAGCCUCAUGGAGAGUGUCAGGACGUUGGCACAAACCAACCGACAGAUCUCGGAAAUGACCGAUGUUGCCGUCCUCUUGAGCGGGCACCGGAACGAGGUGCACGGGCUUGUCGCGAAGGGAUUGCCCCUGCAAUGGGAGUCAUUUGUCAACACCUAUGAGCUUCAUUUCAAGACGGCACCAUAUCUAGCCAACGGCAGCAACCUCGACUAUGCUCAGGGGAAAGGAGGCGAGAGCAAGCACGUCCUUUUCGUUCGGGAAUUUGCGGCCUCGGUCUCGCUCCUCCAGACCAAGGCGGCCACUCUAGCCUCCAUUCAUACAACCAUCCAGAAAGCGCUAUUGGAACUCAACACCUGUCCCUACGAAGUGGCGGCUUUCGAGUCACGCCUCGAGACCAUUCAAAAGGCGGUAGACCAGCUCAACCUGGAGCAAUACGUCAAUCUUGGUUUCUGGGUUGAGGGCAUGAACCGGCAACUGAAGUCGAUACUCCUCUCCCGCCUCCAACAUUCCACCCAGUCCUGGAUUAAGGCCUUCGAGGACGAACAACCGGAGAGCUCCAACGACCGUAAACGGGCCAUCGAGAAUGCCGGGGCUGCACAGUCGGACAUCCCCGUGAUAGGGAGGCUCGUCCAUGAAAUCACGAUGCGCAACCAGGUCAUCUACCUCGACCCCCCCCUGGAGUUUGCACGGGCGAGUUGGUACUUCCAGCUGCAGGAGUGGCUGGGCGUCGUCUGCAAUCUGAAGAGGAUCAAGGCCGGCCGAUACCAGAUGACCCUGAGCACGACAGCCCAAGACGAGCCCCGGUUCGACGACUUGCCAGGCGAGUGCACCGAGGCCCUUGCCCGAGUCCAGAGAUCGGUCGAGAAGAAACUUCGGGAGAUUGGAGGAUACGUCGACAAAUGGCUCCAGUUCCAGUCCCUCUGGGACCUGCAGUCGGAGAAGGUGUACAACGAGCUCGGCGACAAGCUAUCCAACUGGCUCCAGCUCCUGCAGGAACUCAGGAAGACGCGUCAGACAUUUGAUACCACCGAGGUUUCGCGCUCAUUCGGCCACAUCACCAUCGAUUACGACCAAGUUCAGACCAAGGUGAACUCCAAGUACGACCAGUGGCAACACGACAUUCUCGUCAAGUUUGCCGGCCGAUUGGGAACGCGGAUGCGAGAAGUCUGCGCAGAGAUCGAGAAGGCUCGCAAGGACCUCGAGGGCCAGGGCAUGGCGGGCAAUUCGACGGCCGAGGCCGUGCAAUUUAUCACCGUUGUCCAGAACUGCAAGCGGCAGGUGAAGCUCUGGGCCCCCGAGGUCGAGACUUUUAGGCAAGGAGAAUCGACGCUCGUGAGGCAGCGAUACCAGUUCCCGAAUGACUGGCUGCAUGCCGAGCAGGUGGACGGCAUGUGGGGGGCGCUGAACGAGCUACUUGCGCGGAAGGCAAAGAUUGUAGAGGACCAGACAGAUGCCCUGCGGGCCAAAAUCAUCACCCAGGACAAGUUGGUUAUCGACAAGAUCACCGAGAUCGCGAGCCAGUGGAACGACGAGAAGCCAGUGUCCGGCACUAUCGCCCCUGAUAUAGCAUCCGCAACCCUUUCUACCUUCGAGUCUAGGAUCACCAAGCUCCAGGACGAGUCGCUGCUGGUCGCCAAGGCCAAGGAGGCUCUCGAUCUUCCCGCCACCCCCGACAGCUCACUGAAUGUCAUACUCGAGGAGGUUCAGGACUUCAAAUCAGUCUGGUCCUCCCUGUCCACCAUCUGGAAGAACUUGAACGAGCUCCGAGAGAUGCUAUGGAAUAGUGUCCAGCCAAGGAAGAUCCGGGCGUCGAUCGACAAUCUCAUCAAGAUGACCAAGGAAAUGCCCAGCCGGAUGCGCCAGUAUGCCGCCUUCGAGCAUAUCCAGAACAUCCUCCGGCAAUAUCUGAAGGUCAACCCGAUGCUGGGAGACCUCAAGUCUGAGGCGGUCCGUGAUCGACACUGGGCCAAGAUCUACAAGGAGAUCAAGCCGGGAAAGCGCUACUCGCCUGUCUCCAUGACCCUUGGAGACGUUUGGGAUCUCAACCUUGUCGCCACCGAGGUCACCAUCAAGGAUAUCAUCGCUCAAGCACAAGGGGAGAUGGCGCUCGAAGAGUUCCUGAAGCAGGUCCGCGAAACCUGGACCAGCUAUAACCUUGAACUUGUCAACUACCAGAGCAAGUGCCGCCUGAUCCGAGGCUGGGACGACCUCUUCGCAAAGUGUAGUGAGAACCUCAACUCGCUGCAGGCCAUGAGGCACUCGCCGUACUACAAGGAAUUCGAGGAAGAAGCCGCCGCAUGGGAGGAUAAGCUGAACCGUGUCCACGUUCUCUUCGACGUCUGGAUCGACGUCCAGCGCCAGUGGGUCUAUCUGGAAGGCGUUUUCACCGGCAACGCCGACAUCAAGCACCUCCUUCCCAUCGAAUCCUCGCGUUUCCAGAACAUCAACAGCGAGUUCUACGCCGUGAUGAAGAAGGUAUACAAGCAGCCCUACGUCCUGGACGUCCUGAACAUCCCGAAUGUUCAGAAGUCGCUUGAGCGGCUUGCAGAGCUCCUGAACAAGAUCCAGAAGGCUCUCGGAGAAUACCUCGAGAAGGAGCGUGUCUCGUUCCCGCGCUUCUACUUCGUGGGCGACGAAGACCUGCUCGAGAUGAUAGGCAACAGCAAUGAUACGCUUCGAAUUGCCAAGCACUUCAAGAAGAUGUUCGCUGGACUAUGCGGCCUUGUCAUGGACGAGGAAUCCAUCAUCUCGGGCUUCACGUCAAAGGAGGGCGAGCUCGUUCGGCUGAAGAAGGAUAUCAACCUCAUCAAGACGCCCCGAAUCAACGACUGGCUUGCGCUGCUGGAGACAGGAAUGAAGGCAACACUGGCGGAGUUGCUCGCCGAGGCUGUCGAUCAGUACACGCCGAUAUUCUCGAGCGAGCUGGUCGAUCAAUCUGCCCUGAACGAAUUCAUGGCUGCCUACCCGAGUCAGAUUGUCGUCUUGGCCACCCAGGUCGUGUGGACCACGGCGGUGGACCAGUCCCUCGCCGAGGGAGGAAAGACACUGCAGUCCCUCUUCGAUCGUGAAGUGCAGGUGCUGCGCCUGCUUGCCAGCACCGUGCUGGGCGACCUUGAAAUCCUCCUGAGGAAGAAGUGCGAGCAGCUGAUCACGGAAUGCGUCCACCAACGGGACGUUAUCGAGAGGCUCAUCAAUCUCAACGCCAGCUCCCCCACCCAUUACAUGUGGCUGCUCCAGAUGCGCUAUGUCUACACGCCGGAGGGCGACUACCCGCAGCGCCUGCAUAUCAAGAUGGCGAACGCGAAGCUCAACUACGGCUUCGAGUAUCUCGGUGUCCCCGACAGGCUCGUUAGGACUCCGCUCACAGACCGAUGCUUCCUCACACUCACUCAGGGUCUCUGCCAGCGUCUUGGAGGCUCCCCAUACGGGCCGGCCGGAACAGGCAAGACGGAAUCAGUCAAGGCACUGGGUGUCCAGCUCGGGCGGUUCACCCUUGUCUUUUGCUGCGACGACACUUUCGACUUCCAGGCCAUGGGCCGCAUUUUCCUGGGCAUCUGUCAGGUUGGUGCGUGGGGCUGCUUCGACGAGUUCAACCGUCUCGAGGAGAGGAUCCUGUCUGCGGUGUCGCAACAGAUCCAGAAUAUCCAGCUUGGUCUGAAACAGGGUGCCGAGGACGAGACAUCCCAGAUCGAGCUCGUCGGCCGACAGCUCCGCGUGAACGCCAACACGGGCAUCUUCAUCACCAUGAACCCCGGCUAUGCUGGUCGUUCCAACUUGCCCGACAAUCUCAAGAAGCUUUUCCGCAGUGUGGCCAUGUCCAAGCCAGACAAGGAACUCAUUGCCGAGGUCAUGCUCUACUCCCAGGGCUUCAACCAGGCAAAACAACUCUCGAAGCAGACCGUGCCUUUCUUCGACCAGUGCGCGGCGAAGCUCUCCAAGCAGGCACAUUACGACUUUGGUCUCCGAGCGUUGAAGAGCGUGCUCGUGAGCUCGGGCGGCUUGAAGCGUGCCAGACUUACCGGCAGCGAUGGUGGUCUAGGUGCCGAAGAAGUUGUGGAACCAGAGAUCAUCGUCCAGAGCAUCAGGGAGACCAUCGCUCCCAAGCUGAUUAAGUCGGACGUUGAUAUCAUGGUGGACAUCGAGGAAGUUUGCUUCCCAGGCAUCCAAUAUGUGCCGGCAAGUUUGGCCAAGCUGCAGGAGGCGAUCCGCCACCUGGCGGCGGAAAGGCAGCUCGUCGUCAAUGACACCUGGAUGACCAAGAUCCUCCAACUCUACCAGAUCCAGAACAUUCACCACGGUGUCAUGAUGGUCGGUAAUUCGGGUUCCGGAAAAUCUGCUGCCUGGCGGCUCCUCCUCGAUGCCCUCCAGCGUGUCGAGGGUGUCGAGGGCGUCUCGCACGUGAUCGACUCCAAGGUCAUGUCAAAGGAAGCCCUCUAUGGCAACCUGGACUCGACGACUCGUGAGUGGACGGACGGCUUGUUCACCAGCAUCCUUCGCAAGAUCAUCGACAAUCUUCGGGGCGAGGACUCGAAGCGGCAUUGGAUCGUGUUCGACGGCGAUGUCGACCCCGAAUGGGUUGAAAACCUGAACAGUGUCCUCGAUGACAACAAACUCCUCACCCUGCCCAACGGUGAGCGUCUCAACCUUCCUCCGAACGUCCGCAUCAUGUUCGAAGUCGAGAACCUGAAGUACGCCACUCUUGCCACGGUCAGUCGAUGCGGAAUGGUAUGGUUCAGCGAGGAUACCGUGACGCCGAGCAUGAUGGUCGAAAACUACUUAGAGACUCUCCGAUCCGUGGCAUUCGAGGACCUGGACGAAGACGCCGUCUCCACCGGCCAGAGUUCCGCCAAGGCUCUGGCGGCUCAAGUUCACGCGGCGGAUCUCCUCAAGACCUAUCUCACCACGGAUGAUCUCAUCCUGGCUGCUCUGGAGCAGGCCAGAGGCUAUCGGCACAUUAUGGAGUACACGGUGGCUCGCGUCCUGAACACGCUGUUCUCGCUGUUGAACAAGGCGGUCAGGGAUGUGAUCGAGUACAACACCCAGCACGCAGACUUCCCGCUCGAGGCGGAACAGGUCGAGGCCUACAUUUCGAAGAAGCUACUCUCGGCGCUGGUCUGGGCCUUGACUGGCGACUGCCCGCUGCUGGACCGCAAGGCAUUUGGCGACAGCCUUGCCGGACUGGCCACCUUUGGCUCUCCUCCCCUUGAUGGGACCAGCUCCCUUAUCGACUUUGACGUGUCUCUACCACGAACGGACUGGACGCCCUGGCAGAAUCAGGUCCCAACGGUGGAGGUUAACACCCAUUCCAUCACGCAGACCGAUGUGGUCAUCCCGACGCUGGACACGGUCCGUCAUGAGGAUGUCCUGUACUCAUGGCUCGCCGAACACAAGCCACUGCUCCUGUGCGGUCCUCCUGGUUCGGGUAAAACAAUGACCCUCUUCAGCGCACUCCGCAAGCUUCCCAACAUGGAAGUAGUCGGCCUCAACUUCUCCAGUGCAACGACGCCAGACCUCCUUAUCAAGACGUUUGAGCAGUACUGCGAGUACAAGAAGACCCUGAACGGGGUGAUACUUUCGCCAACCCAGAUCGGUCGCUGGCUUGUCAUCUUCUGCGACGAGAUUAACCUGCCGGCUCCGGACAAGUAUGGGACCCAGCGAGCCAUAUCGUUCCUCCGCCAGCUCGUGGAGCACAACGGGUUCUGGAGGACCUCUGACAAGUCCUGGGUUACUCUCGAUCGGAUCCAGUUCGUCGGUGCUUGCAACCCGCCGACCGACGCCGGACGAACCCCUAUGGGUGCUCGUUUCCUUCGACACGCUCCGCUCAUCAUGGUCGACUACCCUGGCGAGCUGUCCCUUCUCCAGAUCUACGGCACCUUCAACUCGGCAGUGCUGAAGAUCAUUCCCUCCCUCCGUGGCUACGCAGAACCACUCACACAGGCAAUGGUCCGCCUCUACCUCGAGUCCCAGCAGCGAUUCACCCCCAAGAUCCAGCCCCACUACGUCUACAGUCCUCGUGAGCUGACCAGAUGGGUGCGCGGUAUAUACGAGGCCAUUCGUCCCCUCGAGACCUUGUCCAUUGAGGGUCUCAUCCGCAUCUGGGCGCACGAAGCCUUACGCCUCUUCCAGGAUCGUCUCGUUGCCGAGGACGAACGCAAGUGGACGGACGAGACAGUGCACAGAAUCGCCGUCGACCUGUUCCCCACCAUCGAUGAGGAGAAAGCACUUGGAGGACCGAUCCUGUUCUCCAACUGGUUGUCGAAACACUACGUCCCGGUUGAUCGUGAGCAACUCCGAGACUUCGUCAAGGCUCGCCUCAAGACUUUCUGCGAGGAGGAGGUCGACGUGCCGCUUAUCCUCUUCAACGACGUCUUGGAGCAUGUGCUGCGCAUCGAUCGUGUCUUCAGACAGCCUCAGGGUCAUCUGAUCCUCAUCGGUGUCAGUGGCAGCGGCAAGACCACUCUAUCGCGCUUCGUGGCGUGGAUGAACGGCCUGAGGGUCUUCCAGAUCAAGGUCCACGGCAAGUACUCGGCCGAGGACUUUGACGAGGACCUGAGAGAGGUCCUCCGACGCUGCGGCUGCAAGGGCGAGAAGAUCUGCUUUAUCAUGGACGAGUCUAACGUACUCGAUUCCGGCUUCUUGGAGAGGAUGAAUACCCUCCUCGCCAACGCCGAGGUCCCUGGUCUGUUCGAGGGAGACGACCUGGCAGCGUUGAUGACGGCUUGCAAAGAAGGGGCCCAGAGGCAAGGCCUUCUCCUGGACUCUCAAGAGGAGCUAUACAAGUGGUUCACCCAGCAGAUCGUCAAGAACCUCCACGUGGUGUUCACCAUGAACCCGCCCGAGGAUGGCCUAUCUUCGAAGGCAGCUACCAGCCCUGCGCUGUUCAACCGAUGCGUGCUCAACUGGUUCGGAGACUGGUCCGACCAGGCUCUGUUCCAGGUCGCUCACGAGCUGACGCACUCGGUUGAUCUUGAUCGGCCCAACUUCCAGGCCCCGGAUACCAUUCCUGUGGCCUAUCGCGGCCUCAACCUGCCCCCUUCGCACCGGGAGACGGUUGUCAAUUCCAUGGUCUACAUCCACUACUCUCUGCAGCACUUCAACGCCAAACUGCUCAAGCAGCAGGGCAAGGUCACCUUCCUCACGCCCCGCCACUUCCUCGACUUCGUCGCCCAGUAUGUCAAGCUCUAUAACGAGAAGCGCGAGGAUCUUGAGGAGCAGCAGCGCCAUCUCAACGUCGGUCUGGAGAAGCUGCGAGACACGGUGGACAAGGUGCGCGACCUGCGCGUCAGCCUCGCCGAGAAGAAGGCGCAGCUGGAGCAGAAGGACGCCGAGGCGAACGAGAAGCUGCAGCGCAUGGUUGCCGACCAGCGGGAGGCCGAGCAGCGCAAGAACACGUCACUCGAGAUCCAAGUCGCGCUUGAGAAGCAGGAAGCCGAAGUUGCGUCUCGGAGGAAGAUCGUGUUGCAGGAUCUGGCGAGAGCAGAACCGGCCGUCGAGGAAGCCAAGGCGUCGGUCAGCAACAUCAAGCGGCAGCACCUCACCGAGGUGCGUUCCAUGAGCUCUCCGCCACAGGGUGUCAGGCUGGCGCUGGACUCAGUCUGCACUCUCCUCGGCCACAAAGUCGCCGACUGGAAGAACAUCCAGGCUGUUGUCCGGCGAGACGAUUUCAUCGCCAGCAUCAUCAACUUCAACAACGAGAAGCAGAUGACAAAGACCCUCCGGAUCAAGAUGCGGAACGAGUUCUUGGCCAAUCCCGAGUUCACGUUCGAGAGGGUCAACCGUGCCAGCAAGGCCUGCGGUCCUCUUGUCCAGUGGGUCGAGGCUCAGGUCAGCUAUGCCGAGAUCCUUGACCGUGUCGGCCCACUGAGGGAGGAGGUCAACCUGCUUGAGGAACAAGCUCUCCAGACGAAGGCCGAAGCCAAGGCUGUCGAGAACACGAUCAACAACCUCGAGGCCAGCAUCGCCACCUACAAGACCGAAUACGCAGCCCUCAUCAGCGAGACGCAAGCCAUCAAGUCGGAAAUGUCCAGGGUCCAAUUCAAGGUCGACAGGAGCGUCAAGCUCCUCGACAGUCUAUCAUCCGAGAGGACGCGCUGGGAGGAAGGGAGCAAAUCCUUCGAAACCCAGAUCAGCACGCUCGUUGGCGACGUCUUGGUAGCUGCUGCCUUCCUGGCCUACAGUGGCCUAUACGACCAGACGUUCCGAAAGUCGAUGAUGGAGGACUGGUUGCAUCAGCUUCACCUGUCCGGUGUCAACUUCAAGCAACACAACCCGAUGACAGAAUACCUGUCCACGGCAGAUGAACGCCUCGGCUGGCAAGAGAACUCCCUCCCGGUCGACGACCUGUGCACGGAGAAUGCGAUCGUCCUCAAGCGGUUCAACCGGUAUCCUCUCAUCAUCGAUCCGUCUGGCCGGGUUACCGAGUUCCUGCAGAAAGAGUGCAAGGAUCGGCGCCUCACGGUCACGAGUUUCCUCGACGACUCCUUCACGAAACAGCUCGAGAGUUCUCUGCGUUUUGGCAAUCCCAUCCUCAUCCAGGAUGCAGAGCACCUCGACCCAAUCCUCAACCACGUCCUCAAUAAGGAGUACCAGAAGACUGGUGGUCGUGUCCUGAUCCAACUCGGCAAGCAGCAAAUCGACUUCUCGCCCGCGUUCAAGAUAUACCUGUCGACCCGUGAUCCCUCGGCGACGUUUGCUCCGGAUAUCUGCAGUCGCACCACCUUUGUCAACUUCACCGUCACGCAGAGCAGUCUUCAGACACAAUCACUCAACGACGUCCUCAAGUCCGAGCGCCCCGAUGUCGAUGAGAGGCGCUCGAAUCUCAUCAAGCUCCAGGGCGAAUUCAAGGUCCACCUACGGCAGCUCGAGAAGCGCCUUCUCCAGGCUCUCAAUGAAUCUCGUGGAAACAUCCUGGAUGACGAUAACGUCAUUGAGACCUUGGAGACACUCAAGACGGAGGCUGCAGAGAUAUCGGCUAAGAUGAGCAACACCGAGGGUGUCAUGGCAGAAGUUGACCAGAUCACGCUGCAGUACAACAUUAUCGCCCGGUCUUGCAGCGCAGUGUUUGCCGUUCUUGAGCAGCUACACUAUCUCAACCACUUCUAUCAGUUCUCGCUCCAGUAUUUCCUCGACAUCUUCCACUCGGUGCUACACGACAACAUCAACCUGGCGCAGGAGACAAACCACAAUGUCCGCCGUGAUGUCAUCGUCCGGGAUCUAUUCGUGGCAGCCUUCAAGAGGACUGCUCUCGGCCUGCUUCAGAAGGACAGGAUCACCCUCGCCAUGCUGCUUGUGCAAGCAUCUCCAUACAAGAUGGACAGGACCUUGCUUGACGUCAUCCUUGAUGACAAGAUUGAAGGGAAGGACAUCUCGACCGAUCAGGACGCGAAGGAGGAAAUUUUCUCCAGAGCUCAGAGGAUCCCGGCCCUCAAGGGUAGACUCGACCGCGUCGCCGAGGGCGAUUGGCAAAAGUUCUUCACCGAGGAACUUGCAGAGAACUUCGUGCCUCAGAUCUGGGAGGACGAUGCGGAGCCGAACGACCGUGCCCUUCUGUCCUUGCUUCUUGUCAAGCUCUUCCGUCUCGACCGGUUCGUACCAACAGCUGAGCGGUUCGUAUCCCAGGUCUUCGGAGCCGGGCUGUUCGAUAUCGUCGAGGACCUGAAAGAGACGGUUACUCAAGUCUCGGCCACCAGGCCAGUCGCACUGGUGUCCAGCCCCGGGUUCGAUGCCUCGUACAAGGUCGACGGCCUCGUCGAACGCAUGCGGGUUAGGUGCACCAACAUUGCCAUGGGCUCCAACGAAGGACUCGCCAGCGCGGACAAGGCGAUCAGCAACGCAGCCCAGACGGGAUCAUGGGUCCUUGUCAAGAACGUGCAUCUGGCGCCGACUUGGCUUCAGAGUCUCGAGAAGCGCAUGGACUCGCUCAAUCCCCACGCCGACUUCAGGCUGUUCCUGUCCAUGGAGGCCAGCAACAAGAUUCCAGUCAACCUUCUCCGCGCGUCUCGCGUCUUGAUGUACGAGCAACCUGCGGGUGUCAGGGCCAACAUGAAGGACUCAAUGUCUUCGCUGUCGACGCGGUCUGGCAAGAGCCCGGUCGAACGCGCGAGGCUGUAUCUUCUGUUGUCGUUCCUGCACGCCGUUGUCCAGGAAAGGCUCCGCUAUGCGCCAAAUCUGGGAUGGAAGGGCUUCUGGGAGUUCAAUGACGCCGAUUAUGAGUGCUCUGCCUUUGUAAUCGACACGUGGGUCGACACGGCGGCCCAGAACCGGUCCAACAUCGCACCCCAGAACAUACCGUGGGAGAUGAUACGCUGCCUUGUCACGGAGACCUACGGCGGCAAGAUCGACGACGAGGGCGACUUCAAGGUGCUGGACCAGCUGGUGCGCACCUUCCUCACGCCGUCGGCCUACGACAUCGGGCACAAGCUCGUCCAGGGUGUCCAGGGCGAGGGGGAUGGCCAGGACCUCGUCGUGCCGUCGGGGACGUCGAUGCAGGAGUUUAUGGGCUGGAUCCACAAGCUGCCGGAGCGCGAGCCGCCCACCUACCUGGGCCUGCCCGCCAACGCGGAGAAGCUGCUGCUGGUCGGGCUCGGGCGGAGCUUGAUCGGGAACCUAAAGAAGGUUACGGAUCUUUUGGACGAGGGCGAGCAGUUGGUGACGGAGGUAUCCGCCUGAUUGUUUUCUGGUUGAGCAUGAUGAGCUUGGGAACAGGACAUGAUCGACGUGGCGUAUAUGAGAGUGAGAAGAGCAUAUGUGUUUGCCUUGUCUGUGUCAUUUUUAAAGCCUGGGCAGCAGGCCUGCUGCCUUCUUUUUCUCUCUUCUUUCUUUUCUUGUUGUGUCCAUUUCUAGAGCUAGGGAUUCUACCGCGACCGGCGCAACAUUCAGGGCGGCUUUCACGGAUUU